CCACUUCCGGUAGGGAGGUCGGCGGAGCGGUUUGCAGAGGAUGCCGGUGAGGUCUCACGGGGACGGGUCCAGUAGGCAGGGCUAGGCGUGCGGCCUCGCCUGGAAUCCGAACCAGAACGUGGACCGGAGCCCUUCCUGAAGAUGCUGAAGCAACACUUUGGACCGUGAGUUUCCUCUAAAGUGGAACCAAGAAGAGGAAUAAUAAAUACAUUGAAUUCUAAAAAAAAGCCAUGGCCCAUGGGUUGGUGAUGUUCAAAGAUGUGGCUAUAGACGUCUCUCAGGAGGAAUGGGACUGCCUGAACCCUGCACAGAGGAAUUUGUACAAAGAUGUGAUGUUAGAAAACUAUAGCAACUUGGUUUCAUUGGGACUUUCUAUUUCUAAGCCGGCUGUGAUCUCCUCAUUAGAACAAGGGAAGGAGCCCUGGAUGGUUGUGAGGGAAGUGAAAGGAGGCCAGUGUUCAGACUUGUCAGACUUGUCCAGGUGUGAGCCCAAGAAGUUAUCUCCAAAAAGAGACAUUUAUGAGACAGAAUCAUCCCAGUGGGCUAUUAUAGAACAAUUUAAAAGCCAUAAUCCUGAGAAAUCCAUUUUCAGAGAUAUUUGGGAAUGCAAAAGUCAGUUUGAGGGACAACAGGAGAGCUAUCUCAGGCAGUUUAUUAUCAGCCAUGAACACAUGCCCAUUUUCAGCCAACAUACUCUCCUUACCCAGGAAUUUUAUAAUAGAGAGAAAAUAUUUGAAUGUAAAGAUUGUAGAAAAAACUUCAGUUACAAUUUAUUCUUUAGUCAUCACAAGAGAAUGAAUUCUAAAGAAAAACUUUCCGAAUGUAAGAAAUGUACAGAAACUGUUAAUACAUCAAACCUUAAACAACAGAGAAUUCAAAGUAAUAGCAAGAGUAGUGAAUGUCAAGAAUGUUGGAAAGCCUUUAUUCAUUGCUUACAACCUAAACAUCUGAGAAUUCAUAAUGGUGAAAAACGCUAUGAGUGUGAAGAAUGUGGAAAGACCUUUAAUUAUGGCUCAGAACUUACUCUACAUCAAAGAAUUCACACUGGUGAGAAACCCUAUGAAUGUAAGGAAUGUGGGAAGGCCUUUAGGCAGCGAUCACAGCUUACUCAACAUCAGAGACUUCAUACUGGUGAAAAACCCUAUGAAUGUAAGCAAUGUGGGAAGGCUUUUAUUCGUGGCUUUCAACUUACUGAACAUCUACGACUCCAUACUGGUGAGAAACCCUAUGAAUGUAGAGAAUGUGGAAAGACUUUUAGGCAUCGCUCACACCUUACCAUACAUCAGAGAAUUCAUACUGGUGAGAAACCCUAUGAAUGUAGAGAAUGCGGGAAGGCAUUUAGCUACCACUCGAGCUUCUCUCACCAUCAGAAAAUUCAUUCCGGCAAAAAACCUUAUGAAUGUAGUGAAUGUGGGAAGGCCUUUUGUGAUGGCUUACAGCUUACCCUACAUCGGAGGAUUCAUACUGGUGAAAAACCCUAUGAAUGUAAGGAAUGUGGGAAGACUUUUAGACAAUGUUCACACCUCAAAAGACAUCAGAGAAUUCAUACUGGUGAGAAACCUCAUGAAUGUAUGAUAUGUGGUAAGACCUUUAGACUUCAUUCACACCUUAUUCAACAUCAGAGAAUUCAUACUGGUGAGAAGCCAUAUGAAUGUAAGGAAUGCGGGAAAGCCUUUAGCUAUCAUUCAAGCUUCUCACACCAUCAGAGAAUCCAUUCCGGGAAGAAACCUUAUGAAUGUGGAAAGGCUUUUAAUCAUGGUUUAUGAUUUAAUCUACAUCAAACAGUUCAUAUUGAAACACCAGUAGGGUUUUCUCUCUUCCCAUCCUAGUCUUACAUCAUGAAAUUGUUUUUGGAGAUACACAUUUUUUUCUUUCAAGGAAAAAGUAGGUGAAAAUGAAUUUUAUUAUUUUCAUUAUUAAAUGAUUUAAUUAUUGAAAAUCAGUUUUCUGCAAGAGAAAAUGUAAAAAUUACUAAAAGUUUUAAAUUACUCUGGUUUCAGUGCUGUUUCUGAGUUAUUAGAAUAACCAGUAUUGGAAGUAAAUUUUAUAAAACCAUAUGUUUUUGCUAAAACCAAUAGUUUGGCUAAAACCAUUUAAUGACAAUUAAAAUGAAAAAAAAUUUCUUCCCACAAAUCUCUCAGAACAAAUAUGUGUGUGUUUCUCCUUUCUUCAUGCUCAAACAUACCUGCAUGUAUGAAGGAUUUAUUGGAAGAGAUUUUACUGUGUGUAAAGGAAGAAUUUCAUGUGUAUGGAAGAGGUUUUACCCCUUAUAGUGACAUAUUUUGUGGCAGUUUGCCUUUUUCAUUUAAAUAAUUGACAUUUUUCUGAUGAAUAUGUAUAGAUGGAAUUCAUUUUUAAGGCUUCAGAGUAUUUAUAGUAUGGGAUGUAUGUCAGUAUCAUGAGCCAUUCUUGUAGACAUUCAAACUGUCUCUACUUUUUUGCCAAAAAUGAUAAUACAAUAAACAUUCUUAAAUGUCACUCUCUUAUUUCUGUUG